AUGGCGUCCCAGCAGCUUCUCUCUCUCCCUCCUUUCUCCCUCCUCCCUAAAGUCUCACCCUUUCAUACUUCCCUCUUAUCAACACCACAAAAGCUUACUCUGUUUCACUCUACUACUUCUUCGUCUCUCCAAUCCUCCUCCAAUACUCGGAUUACUAAUCUCCAAGCCGUCACCGACACUUUCUCCGAAACAGAAAGCAACACUCCCACUGAAACAACUGCUUUAACUCUACGAAACAUCUGCCAAGGUUUCGUCCCAGAACACAUUUUACACAGAAUGGAGGAGAUUGGGUUUGUGUUUCCAACAGAUAUUCAAAGAGAAGCUCUUCCUACUCUGUUCACUGGCCGUGAUUGCAUCCUCCAUGCCCAAGUUCAGGCAAGACAUUGA